GUGCGGUCAACUUCGAAAUGUACUCGGCUUUAAUUUAGCCUCAGCUGUCCCAUUGUCGGUAGAACCGCGCAUGGAGCUAAAUGACCGUAUAACUGUUGGUUGGACAAAUGUUCAUGCAUUGCUUUGAAACGAAUAAGAGAAUGCCGACGCCUCUCGUUUCUGUGUUCAGAUUAAUAUCCAAGCGAUGGGUACAGGGCUACCGCUAUGGCUCAAAUUUCUUGAUCAGGCGUCCAAAAUCGUGACCACGUUGACUGCCGGAGUCUUUCUCUAUACCCGCUCGGCAGGUGUCGCAUAUUUCAUGACUGGCGCAGUCUUAUGUACAGCGCUUGCCAAGUCCAUAAAGAAGACAAUACGACAGGAACGCCCAUUAGUGCGCUCCGGACGCAAAGUAUCCUAUGGAAUGCCUAGCUCACAUGCGUCCGCAUGCACCUUCUUCGCCACAUAUAUUACGAUAACUUGCUUGCACCUACCUGUUCACCCUACUUUGCCUAGUUCCGCCAUGUUCGUUCCAGUGUUCGUCUUACCAUGGGGAUUCAUGAUAGUUGUGUCAAGGGUCUGGUUGGGCCAUCACACAUGGCCGCAAGUUGCGGCAGGAGCUGCCCUUGGAGCCUGCUGUGCUAGCUUUUGGUUUAAGCUAUGGAUGGAUGAUGUGGCUGGCAUCAGGACAACUGCAUGGGAAGUCGAAGCGAUGGUAAAAUCAUGGCUUGAACGAUGAUCUCAGGAGCGUGCAUAUAUCCAUUCCU